GAAGCAAACAAAGCGAAGCAAACAAAGCAAAGAAUUAAACGCGAACAAGUUAUUUUUUAUUUACAAAAAAAAAAAAAACGAGCAAAAAAAUUAACAUAUGCAUAUUUAUUUAUCCAUACAUAAUACAUACAUGUAUACCUAUCCAACCGAACGCGCGAUUUGCGGAUUUUGUGACCCUCCAUUCUUAGCAAAGGAAAAGCGAGUUCCCUUGCAUACGGAAGAGUGAUUGUUUUUGUACGGUUACGCGAAUGCAUACGUAAAAGUACACGUAUACGUACAUGUAAACGUAUAUGCAAACGUACAUGAAUACGUGCACGUACGCAUUUGUACUUCCUAACUUUUGUAAUCGCAUACGAGCGCUUUUGCGUUUGCAAGUUAAGCGAACAGGGGAACAAAUUAACAGCAGCCCUCAUCGAAUAGCCAAGCAGAGUAUACACUCUAUACUGCUCCUAAAGCGCGCAUGUGAAUCUCCUUUUUUUUAACCACAAAAUUUUGAACUUUCGUUAAAUGACAUAAAAGGGAAAAUUUUAAAAUGAGUUCAAAUUGUUCACAGGAGAAUGAGGACGAAGCAAAUAGAAUAGACGGGAGGUUCCAAAAUUUUCUAAAAUUGAAGGCGCGAAAUGGCGCCGUGGGCGGCGGAGCGGCUAGCGGCCAUUUUAGCAGCCAUUUGAGCGGCCACGUGGGUGGCAGCUUUGGUGGCGGCCCCAGUGGCAGUUUUAAUGGCAGUUUUAAUGGCAGUUUUAAUGGAAGCUUUAAUGGCAGCUUCAGUGGCAGCUUUGGUGGAAGCCUUGGCUGCAACGAGGGGGGCACCCCCAGUAACGCCUACAGCGGCAACGGAGGGCCCUACAGCAAUGCCGCCAGUAGCUACCACUAUGGCAGCGCGAACAGAAGCUCACCAGAAAAUGAAGAGACACACGGAGGGGAUUUCUCGAACAUAAAAUUUAGCCAAAAUGGCCAGUACAAGAGAUACCAUGAUUUUUACAAUAACAAAAGCUCCUUUCAACAUUAUUUAAAAAAAUUAAAAGCAUGUAGAAUAGACGCAGACGAGCUGCGAAAUAUUUUGGAAAAAAGACUCACCCUAGAGCGUGAGAAUCAAAUGCUUAAGUCAAUACAGGAGGAUGAUAAGAAAGGGUUUGGAAGUGAAACGAAUUCCUCCUCUUCCAACCAUGAAGGUUUGCACCUUUACAGGAAACUUAACUUUUUAAACAAAAAUAAUAGAAGCAAAUCAAAGAAUAAGAACCGAAAGAGAAAGAGAAUUAACUCCAAAAUUGACAAGAAGUUUAUUAUUAAAUGCCGGACUUGUAAGUACGUUAACCCCAAUGGUUUCAAGAUGGGGGACUACUACACGUGCCAGAAUUGUGGGUACAACGACUUUUCCGUUUUGCGGUCUAGUUCCCCCAACAAUGGGGAGUAG